GUCGUUGCUCCUAGAAGCUCUUUCGGUAUCCUUAAAAUGAAGUCCUUCGUGUGUGUUGUUCUGUGCCUCGUGGUGGCCGCAUCCGCCAACACCCAAAUGCAGGCUGCUGUCAAUGAUCUGGCAGCCGCUGGACAAACUUUGAGAAAUGCCGUUAUAGCAGCUAACUUCCAAAAUCCUGCUGUGAAUAGCGCUUUGGCUAAAAUUUCUGCCGAUUCUGAUGCUUUCAUCGCUAUCGCUCAGAGGGACACCGCUAAACCUUGCCCUCUGGACGCCAUGAUGCAGAACGAUCUGCUCGCCUCAUUCGGAAGCCUUACCAGCUUGAUCGGAGAGCUGACCUCGGGAGUUCAGAAUGCCGGAAAUAUCCCAGUCGUUAAGGAUGCUCUCACCAGAUUCAUCAUGAACGGAAACCCAGUGUUGAACAACAUCCAGAAUGUUCUGGCCAGUAUUCCCGACGGUUCCGCCGCUGAAGCCGUUGAUGCCAUCCGCAAGGUUCAAAGUGAUCUUGCUGCCCUGCAAAUUGCCGCACAACUGUAAUUGUUUUUUUUUUCACGAAUAAUUUGAAGGAACUAAAAUAAAAAAAAUUACCCAGCGUA